GGGCGGAAAGUGGGUCUGCCCGGUUGGCCAGUGGAACCUGCUGAUGAUUUGUGGUUAGAGCAAAACAACCCCGCACCUGCCUUAACUACUGUAGCCUCCUGCUUGCACGAAGCCUUCGAACUUUCAAAAGAAAAGGCGUACAGUAAAAGUUGAAAUCAGUUUCAGGUCUCGCUUCUGGGGGCUCUAGCACCGUUAUAACAAUGGAUGACGCUAGAACAUCCUUGAUUCAAGGCCGUGAUAAAGAUAGCUCCAACGCGGUUCAGCCGCCUUAUCCUUAUAACGAGGCAAAGUUUCUCUUCCCAAGCUUCACUCCCUGCCGGUACACACAAUACCCAGAUGUUCCUAGGGAUCAAAGGUGGCCCAAGGUAGAAGAGCCGUUAGAAAGCCCUGGCGCCUACACAUUCAGACGUUGGGUUGAUAAACCGAAUGUCUUUACCUAUUCUCGGCUUCCGCCAGGUCGCUCCGUACGACUCAUCCGCCUGCAGCGUGGCCAGGGUGACGAAGCCCUAUCUUGUUCUCUGUUUACCGCCAAUAUCGACCAUGGAAUCCAGUACGAGGCGAUUUCCUACGUGUGGGGAGACGCAUGGGGACAAGCCAAGAUAUUCCUCGACGGAAUCCCCUUCAAGGUCACGAGAAACCUCUACACUGCGCUGCAGUGCAUUAGGUCACCAGCUAAUGGAAGGGUCCUUUGAGCAGACGCCAUCUGCAUUAACCAGGAAGAUCACGCAGAACGUUCUGCGCAGGUGCAGAUAAUGCGAGAUAUAUACGAACGAGCGCAUCACGUCCUUGUU